AUGAAGCUCCAGUGGGUCCACUCCGCCCUGCUGGGGCUCGCCAGCGCGAACCACGCCUACUUGGAGGAAGCCAUGCGCGGCGAGCGCGUCGUUUCCGGCCAUGCCGUCUACGACAGACCUUCGUGGGAGCCCCAGUUCAGGGACGAGUCGCCUCCAUACAAGGGGAUACGCGUCACUCGCGAGGAUUGGAAGAUGACCUGCUCUUCCGGCCAUGAUUCUUGCAAUGCCAUGAUCGACGGCUCCAACGCCACGGCAUGGACCAGCGAGAAGGCGGGCGAGCACCUGGUCACCAUAGACCUACAAGAGACAUAUUCAGUGGGUGCCCUCGUGGUGCUGCCCAAAAUCAGCAUCACCGGGCAGGAUGGCCUGAUCACCGAGCACAAGGUGUUCCUCAGCCGCGACGCCGAGAACUGGGGGGAGCCUGUCGCGUACGGCAUGUGGCCCGACAGCAAUCGCAUGAGGAUGUCUGCCUUUGAGCUGUCCCAGGCCAGGUACGUGCGCCUGGUGGCCCAGACGGCCGGUGACUCGACUGUGACCAUCUCAGAGAUCAACGUCUACGCCAACCUGUACAGCAUCGACCAAGACCCCUCCAAGGGCGUCUGGGGACCUACCUUGGAUCUUCCUGUCGUGCCGGCCGCGGGCGCCCAAGAGGGCUCAGGCCAGAUUAUGCUCUGGUCGUCCUGGGACGACGACCAGUUUCACUCCACCCCGGGGGGGAAGACGGCCAUGGCGCUGUGGGAUUUCCGUACCAACCAGGUUUCCAAGCGCGUCGUCACCGACAGCCAGCACGACAUGUUCUGUCCCGGGAUUGCCAUCGACGGCACCGGCAUGAUGGUAGUGACGGGUGGCAACGACGCGGCCCAGACCAGCCUCUUCGAUGCCAGGAAGAACAGCUGGGAGGCAGCCAGCACCAUGAACAUGGAGCGCGGCUACCAGGCCUCGGCAACGCUGUCGGACGGCCGCGUCUUUGUCAUCGGAGGCUCCUGGGCUGGGGGUUCCAGCUUCGACAAGGACGGCGAGGUCUACGAUCCUGCUACGCGGAGCUGGACACGGCUCCCCGGAGCCAAGGUCGAGCCCAUGUACACUCGUGACAUGGAGGGGCCCUGGAGAGCCGACAACCACGGCUGGCUUUUCGGGUGGACGAACCAGAGCAUCUUUCAGGCCGGUCCCAGCCUCGCCAUGAACUGGUACUCUGUCGACGGUGAGGGCGAUGUCCUGCCCGCCGGUGAGCGCGAGGGCGGUGAGGACUCCAUGUCCGGAAACGCCGUCAUGUUUGACGCCGUCGCUGGUAAGAUCCUCACCAUGGGAGGCUCCCCAGACUACGACAAGUCCGACGCCAACGGCUACGCCCACGUCAUCACCCUGGGCGAGUUCGGCGAUGAGCCCGUGGUGGAGCGGGCCGGCGAGAACGGUGAGAUGACGGUGCCCCGCGUCUUCCACACCUCUGCAGUGCUCCCGGAUGGGACGGUCUUCAUCGUCGGCGGACAGACGUUCGGACAGGCCUUCAACGAGGAAGGUGUGCAGUUCGUCCCCGAGCUGUACGACCCCAGAACCAACAGGUUCUCCCCUCUGCAGAGGAACAACAUCAUCCGCGUCUACCACUCCCUGUCCAUCCUCAUCCCUGACGGGAGGGUCCUCACGGGGGGCGGCGGUCUCUGCGGAAACUGCUCUGCCAACCACUACGACGCGCAGAUCUACACUCCCGCCUAUCUUCUCAACCACGACGGCUCGCUGCGUGACCGUCCGGAAUUCACUUCGGAGAUUCCGGACGAGGUUGAGGUCGGCAGCGUGCUGCAGUUCAACGCCUCGGACAGGAUCCGUGAGGCGGCACUUAUCCGCAUCUCCUCCACCACGCACACCGUCAAUACGGACCAGCGCCGCGUUCCCCUCGACGUCGUGCCCAGCAGGGACAGCGAGUACGAGUUCCAGGCUGAGCUCCCGGAGUCCUCUGGGGUCCUCAUCCCAGGAUGGUGGAUGCUGUUCAUCAUCGACGACAAGGGGACACCCAGCGUGGCUGAGAUGCUCAUGGUCAAGAUAGAGGACGGCGCCGACAGCACAUCUCACGGCCAUGCGCCGCUCCGAGUUGACCAGCAAGAAGAAGAAUGUGAGCACGAACAGAACCACCUGUCCUUCGGUAGCGUCUACCAGUGGAUGCGACGAACAUGGAAGCCAACAUCAUUCUUUACGCAGAUUCUCCGUCGAGGCUAG